GAUUGCCCGGGCACAGAAAGCGACCAGGCUGGUCGAUCAGCCGCCUGUGAGGGUUGUCCAAACCAGGCCAUUUGUGCAGCCAGCAAGCCACAAGGCCCAGACCCAGACUUGCCACUCAUUCAGGAGCGGCUUGCAAGCGUCAAGCACAAAAUUCUGGUCCUUUCUGGCAAAGGCGGCGUGGGCAAGUCGACCGUCACUGCCAAUCUGGCUUAUGGUCUGGCGCAGGAUGAAGACCGUUCGGUGGCAGUAAUGGACGUGGACAUUUGCGGACCUUCACUGCCCAAGGUCUUUGGGAUGGAGGGCGAGCAAAUUUUCAAGUCGGGCUCGGGUUGGUCUCCCAUCUUUGUGGAGGAUAAUCUCGCCCUGAUGAGUGUUGGCUUUCUGCUCCCUUCCCCGACUGCGGCUGUUAUCUGGCGAGGCGACAAGAAAAAUGGAUUGAUCAAGCAGUUUCUUCGAGAUGUGGACUGGGGCGAGCAAGACUUUAUGUUGAUCGAUACUCCCCCUGGCACUUCUGAUGAGCACAUUUCACUUGUGCAGUAUCUGCGCGGCUGUCAGCCCGACGGAUGCGUCAUUGUCACUACCCCACAGGAGGUGGCAUUGGCCGAUGUUCGCCGCGAAAUUUCUUUUUGUCGCAAGGUCGGCCUACCCAUCAUUGGCGUGGUUGAGAAUAUGAGCGGGUUUGUAUGCCCUUCCUGCAAGAAUGAGUCGGAAAUUUUUCCGGCCACGACAGGGGGUGCAGCAGCCAUGGCCGAGGAGAUGGACGUGCCUUUUCUGGGUCGUUUACCUUUGGACCCGCGAAUCGCCAUGUGCUGUGAUCAAGGUAAAUCCAUGUUUGAGUCCUUUCCUGAUUCGCCUGCCACCCAGGCAUAUCAACGUCUCGUCUCAGGUAGGCAAAACGCGUGUUUUCUUGUUUGUUUUUGUGUCGUCGUCGUCGUCGUGUGUGUGCGUGGGCGGCGGCGUCGCGAGGUGUUAGUGAGUACGUGGGAGGGUGUGUGUGUAAAUGCCGUAUCGUUGGUCUCUAUUUUUUGGCGCGGCAGUUCUGCACUCACGCUUUAUGUAACUGCGAUAGCGGUGUUGAACUUUAGUAGCACUGUCAAUGGUGGCACUGAAAACCAAGUCGAGUCAGCCUCGACAUAG